AUGUCCACUGAAGAUAAAUUAUCAGUGCCUUCGGCAGCUUCCCCCUUGGGAAAACAAUUAAAAGAUAUUUCCGAACUCAAAAAACAGCGAGGUAAUUUGAAAGGUCGGUUAACACAAUUUAAAAAAUAUUUAGAUUCAUUGCCUUGUAAUUCUAUAUCUCAAAUUCAAGUUAAAGAAGUUAAAUUAAGAAUGCAAACAGCUCAAGAUCAUUUUAAUACUUUUAACAACAUUCAAAAUCAAAUUGAGCUAAUUUUACCAGAGUCGGAAUAUACAGCAAACUUUGAGUAUGUAGAAUCUUUCGAAUCAUUAUAUUUUAACGUCCUAGCUACAGCUGAAAGUAUAGUCGAAAAUUCCGUUGAAAGUCUAAAAUGUAGCAGUAAAUCGUCAGUGCAAUCGAAUGUUAAGCUGCCGGACAUAAAAUUACCCUCCUUUGAUGGUUCGUUUGAUCAGUGGCUAGAAUAUAGGAAUUCGUAUAUUACUAUGAUACACAACCGUUCAGACUUAGACGAAAUUCAGAAAUUUCAUUAUUUAAAGGCUUCGCUGAGCGGUUGUGCGUUACAAGUUAUAAGCGCUUUGGAAUUUACAGCGGAUAAUUACGUGCAUGCCUGGGAUCUACUUCAUAGUAGAUUUCAUAAUACGCGACUUCUUAUACAGAACCACUUGAAAUCAUUAUUUUCUAUCACUCCGCUCAAGCAGGAAUCCCACUUGCAGAUUCGUAGGUUAAUAGAUACUACACUGAGAAACCUGCGUGCUUUAAAAUCAUUAAACGAACCUACUGAACAUUGGGAUACAAUAAUUAUAUACUUAGUUGUAUCUAAAUUAGACGCAUCUACUGAGCGGGAAUGGGAGAAUUAUAAGGGAUCAAUUUUAACUGAUUCGAAUAAACGACUAAAAUUAGAUGAUUUACUGAUAUUCUUAAGAAAUAAAUCGAAUACCCUCGAGAUGAUUAGUUCUAGUCAAAAUAAGUUGCCUCAAUACGACAAUUUAAAACGUUUCUGGGAAAUAGAAAACGUAUCUCAGUCCAGUAACAUUCUUACUGCUGAUGAGCGUAUAUGCGAGGAUCUAUUUAAAAAUACGACUAAACGAGACAUCGAUGGUAGGUUUUCAGUACGCAUUCCUUUGAAACAAUCACCAGAUGUUUUAGGUGAUUCGUAUAAUUUAGCAAUAAAUAGGUUUUUCGCAUUAGAACGUAAACUUGAGCGCACACCAGAAUAG